GGAUAAUUCCAGAAGAAGUCGGCGACUGCGGGCUGCUAGCGGUAUACAGUGCUGAGGAACUCAGCUAUACGAGAGAUACCGGAGGCUUCUUCACUUUAUCGGUUCUUCGCUACAUUCCCAUUCUCCAGCCCGUGCCUUUAGCUGAUUCAGCGCCGUUUCAUCGCUUACACCGGAGUUGCUCGUUUUUCCAAGUUUAAACGCUGUCGCCAUGAUGCUGCUGAAUGUGGCCAGAAACGCGUCCAGGGCGCUCGGCUGCUCCCAGAGCGGUGCUGGAAGCGUCACGUCACUGGUGAAAAAGGCCUGCUGGAGUCCGUGGAGCUUUGAGUCCACUGGGGUCGUGGCCAGGCGUUGUUAUGCGUCUGAAGCAAUCAAAGGAUCAGUCAUCGGUAUUGAUCUUGGAACCACUAAUUCUUGUGUGGCUGUCAUGGAGGGUAAACAGGCAAAGGUCCUUGAAAAUGCAGAGGGUGCGAGGACGACACCCUCCGUAGUGGCCUUUACCGCAGAGGGAGAGAGGUUGGUGGGCAUGCCAGCCAAGCGCCAGGCCGUCACCAACCCCAAAAACACACUCUAUGCUACCAAGCGGCUCAUUGGACGGCGCUUUGAAGACCCAGAAGUCCAGAAGGACCUGAAGAAUGUGCCCUACAAGAUUGUUCGUGCCUCAAAUGGUGAUGCCUGGCUCGAGGCCCAUGGUAAACUGUACUCGCCCAGCCAGAUUGGAGCCUUCGUACUGAUGAAGAUGAAGGAGACGGCAGAGAGCUACUUGGGGCACUCGGUGAAGAACGCUGUGGUAACCGUGCCGGCAUACUUCAACGACUCCCAGAGGCAGGCCACGAAAGACGCCGGUCAGAUCUCCGGGCUAAACGUGCUGCGGGUGAUCAACGAGCCCACCGCCGCUGCGCUGGCAUACGGCCUGGACAAGACCCAGGACAAAAUCAUUGCAGUAUACGACCUGGGAGGGGGCACCUUUGAUAUAUCCAUCCUGGAGAUCCAGAAGGGGGUCUUUGAGGUUAAGUCCACCAACGGAGACACCUUCCUGGGCGGGGAGGACUUCGACCAGCACCUUCUGCAGUAUAUCGUGAAGGAGUUCAAAAGGGAGUCUGGCGUGGAUCUCACGAAAGACAACAUGGCGCUACAGAGGGUGAGGGAGGCAGCAGAGAAGGCCAAGUGUGAGCUGUCUUCCUCUUUGCAGACAGAUAUCAACCUGCCCUACCUGACCAUGGAUGCCUCCGGACCCAAGCACCUGAACAUGAAGCUGACGCGCUCGCAGUUCGAGGGCAUCGUGGCGGAUCUCAUCCGCCGCACGGUGGCGCCCUGCCAGAAAGCCAUGCAGGACGCCGAGGUCAGCAAGAGCGACAUUGGCGAGGUGCUGCUGGUGGGCGGCAUGACACGCAUGCCCAAGGUGCAGCAGACCGUCCAGGACCUGUUUGGCCGCGCCCCGAGCAAGUCCGUGAACCCCGACGAGGCGGUGGCCAUUGGCGCUGCCAUCCAGGGUGGGGUUCUGGCUGGCGAUGUCACAGACGUGCUUCUGCUGGACGUCACCCCCCUUUCCCUUGGGAUCGAGACCUUGGGUGGAGUCUUUACCAAGCUCAUCAACCGCAACACCACCAUCCCAACGAAGAAGGGCCAGGUGUUCUCCACAGCAGCUGAUGGACAGACCCAGGUGGAGAUCAAGGUUUGCCAGGGAGAGCGAGAGAUGGCUGCAGACAACAAGACCCUGGGCCAGUUCACUCUGGUGGGAAUUCCUCCAGCUCCUCGAGGAGUGCCCCAGAUCGAGGUGACGUUUGACAUCGACGCAAACGGCAUCGUGCAUGUAUCCGCCAAGGACAAGGGCACCGGCCGUGAGCAGCAGAUCGUUAUCCAGUCAUCUGGUGGCCUCAGCAAGGAUGAUAUUGAGAACAUGAUCAAGAAUGCGGAGAAGUAUGCUGAAGAAGACCGUAGGAGGAAGGACCGCGUGGAAUCCGUGAAUAUGGCAGAGAGCAUCAUCCAUGAUACGGAGUCCAAGAUGGAGGAGUUCAAAGAUCAGCUCCCUGCUGAUGAGUGCGACAAGCUGAAGGAGGAGAUCACCAAGGUGAGGGACCUCCUCUCUAGGAAGGACACUGAGACCGGAGAGAGCAUCAAGCAAGCAGCCACAAACCUCCAACAGGCUUCUCUUAAACUGUUCGAGAUGGCAUACAAGAAGAUGGCCUCAGAGAGGGAAAGCGGUAGCGGCGGCAGCUCGGGAGCCGGUGGAGAAGAGAAGAAGGAAGGACAGCAAUAGAGCCUUUGCAAUUGCAGUUGUCAUGGAGACAGUGGGACUGGAGGGCUUGGGGUUAUGGACUGGAUGUUGUCCUGAGCGCCUGUUGCAUUCACGCCAUUUUCACAUACUGUGUUUUGUUCAGUAAGCUCUAAGGUAUAAUGAAUGCCAUUAUCUGUGCUCCCCUUAUGUUUAAUUUAAUUCCCAAAAAGGUAUCUUGUCUUUUUUUUUUUGCUUGUCUUCGUGAUGUAGUAAAAUGGUGUUGCUGUUGUCUGGUUCAUUGCCGGCGUGGCCGGAGUCGGCAUGUACAGUCCUGUCCCAGGCUGUACCCUUCACUGACUGGAGUGGGGGAUGCUAUUAAGCUUCUGCCGCCCUUUUCCUUACACUUUUUUUCAGAUGUGAAAAUGGAAGCUUGUCUCACUCUGACCUGCACUUCUUGCCCACUAGGUUUUGGUUGUAAUUGAAUGGUGAAGGAGCCGUGCACUUAGAGUACUUUUUAAGGGGGUCUUUGAGAUCACAUUUAGCUCUUAAUCAGCCGGUCACAUUAUACGAUAAACUGCCCUUCCUGUGAAUUUAAUUUAAACCAUAAUGAGUUUCGCCAGUCAGUGAAUCGUGUCUCCGGGACAGCGGUCUAUCCUAUGAAACGUCAUUUUCAUUUAUGCUGGACAUCGUAACGUUAACCCAGCACAGCAAAGGACGCUGUUAAAGUUUCUGCUUACGUGAGGCAAAAUAAAUAGGCAACGAAGCCUCACCAAGCUAGUGUUGCGUAAUAAGUCAAUAUUCCACAGAAAAGGGGUAGUUUUUCUGAUUUUUUUUUUUUUUUUUUUUUUUUUUUUUAAACGUACAAUUUUGCUUUAAUAGUUAAAGCCGGUAACGUUGUGCCGGUAUUUUUUGAGGUAAUAAUAUAAUGGCUAAUGGUUUAAACUGAGGAUUUGGGUGUAUGUUUCUGAAAAGUAUGGAUACGUUUAAAUGCUUCCAUCAUAGGCUUUUAUAAUAAAAUUUGAAGUUUACGAGUGUGGCCUAUUCAUGAUUUCUUACACUUGCUUUUAUGCUCCGCGCGUUUGCAUUGGUAUCGAGCUCCUCAAAAGACCAGACGAGGCGAAGCGCAGUGACGAAUCGAGCGCGUGCACACGGAAGAGGGCGGGGUGUCAGGAGUCGCUGGGGGCGGAAUGCAUAUAUAUCCCACAAUCCCCCGCGGCGGACUCUGGCACGCCGUCCCUCAGACGUAUAAAGGACCCAGCGAACCACCGGCGCGGUCUUUUCGGUCCCAGCGUGUCGCCGAAGUACAUGGUUAGUAUCCGUGUCUGCUGUAGCUUGCUUUUAAUUACACGGCUUCAUUACUAAAUUAAUAGGUGAAGUUCAGUGGUUUGUCUUUAGCGUGACGUUAUGAAUGCAACUAGUGUUUAAUUUUAUUACACAUGUGUAUCUAUAUCGUGAAAUGUAUCGCAAACCUCCACGUGUCUUUCCCCGAUCACAGCGUGCGUAUCGUGUCCUUUAUUUUAAUUACUGGAUUGGUUUAAUAUUUCUUUUCAGCCGUGUAGUAUUAGCUGGUUUAUAGGCUGUGUGGUUGCCUGCAGCACGCUCGUUACCUCCGAUAUUAUUUUUUUCCAUAGUUUAAUCUUAUUUCUGUAACCUAUUUUUUUACAACAUUACGUUGUCUCAAUGCGUUUUAAGUUAUUGCGCAAAAUUUGAAAACUGAGCUGAACUUCUGUAUUUAAGUUCGACCUGGAUGCUCAUGUGGUCUGCCGUGUGUUUGCUCGAUGUAGUGUUGACUGACGACCCUAUACAUAAGUGGUCCUGACAGCAUGGCACGCUUCUCUUGGGUCCAGUAGGUGGCGGCCUUUAUGGAAGUUUCAAGCCGAGUUUAUACUUUGAUUGCCUAAGGUCCUGUAAGUGAAAUUACAGGCUAAUGAGGAACUAUGUUGCUCUGUGUAAAUCCCCCCAGCGGCAGUCAGCUGUGCAGGUCUGUGCCAUGCCUGCCUCAGUGUUACUCUGCUGGGAGAGGAAGGUGCUGCCACUAGGCCUGGGCUCUGGGAGGCGCUGUUCUGGUGUCUGCUGAUGCCCAGCCGCGGUGGUACCAAGCCCCCCUGAGAGUGGGCAGUCCCCCCACAAACUGGGGAUGGCCCUAGUCUGGGGGCUCACAUUUACAGCCUGUACUAGCAUGCUGCAAUGUUUAUGUAGGAAUUUGAUCUUGUUUAACAGUCUCCUCUCCCCCCCAUAAAGGAAUAGCAUUGGGAUGGUCAUUUCAGCUGCACAACGAGGGUAAGUGGCAGUCAACUGCAUCUUACUCCUGAACAGUGUGGUGAUGCUCUUCAACAUAUCAUUCUGAAUAUCCAUGAGGGGACUUGCAGUCCUGCGCAAGAAUUUCCUCCGCCAUUUAAGUUUUUUUUAUUUUUUUUAUUUUUUAUUUUUUUAAUUAUUGUUCCAGUUGUCUUGUGGCUGCAAAGUUCAUUUCCCCCCUAGUAACUAAAGGUGGUGCUAUCCUGUUUACACAGCUGGCGAUCUCAGUGGGUGCACUCGGGUCCGUGGGCUCGGACACCAGCACAGGUAAUCUUAUGGACCUCGUUUGAUUGUUUGGCCAAUGAGCACCCAAGUCUGUACAGUCAUAGCAGAGGCUAUUUUCCUUGUUAUGAUGAUUUUUUCCUUGGGACAGAAACAGCAGGACUUUGGCACAGGUUAAAGUGGAUGUAUGCCGCUGUAACCUGACAAGAAGACCUGAAACAGUAUCUCUUGUGUGUUAUCGGUGCAGACUGAGCAUGCUCCGAACUUUCUCUCCUUAGGAUUUGUGGGCUGAUUUUGAAGCAGUUUUGAGCGCUUAUGGGUAAUGUAUUUCUCCCCCCCCCCCCCCCCACAACGAACACAUGGAACCACUUAAAUACUACUGAUAUGCUCCCACCUUGUAUAUACACGUAUGCACACAAACUUUAUUGGCCUGUGUCACUCAUGGUUUUUAUUUUAUAUGUGUGGCUUAUUAGAGACCUAUGCCAGUGUGUUGGAUAUGUCCCCUGAAACAGCUGAUUUUGUCUCACAAAUGUACAACAAAGGCGUUCUCUUCUAUAAGCUCAAUAAACAUGACAGACCUGAA